AUGAAUUGCCCAUCUCGAACAGACGAAACUGAAAGGCAUCCCGACUGGAAUCAGAAUCCACAAGCCUUGAGCUCGGAUCUGACCACCAGGGCUGACCUGAAUGGGAUCGUUAAUUUGAGAGAACAACGGGAGAAUGAGUCAAGUCUCGACAACGCUGACCAGGAACAGAUUCGAAUCAUACCUGCCGAAAACCCUGAAUCGCCUUCAGCUGGUGCAAAAUCACCCUCUGACGUCAAGGUUGAUCCGAUCAAGCAGGAGUCCCACUCGUCAUCUUCUUCCUCGGCCUUUCAACAAACCCUUUCACGACGAUUUGGGAAACUGCGUUCUCUCUCGGCCCUCUGGAACAAGGUCAUUGUCAUUCUUCAAAAGUAUGUCAAAUUUGUCGGCCCGGGCUUUCUCAUCGCAGUCGCCUACAUCGACCCUGGAAACUAUGCGACGGACGUCGAAGCGGGAGCGGCCACGCGCUAUCGUCAUCUAUUCAUUAUUUUGAUGUCGAAUCUAUUUGCCAUCUUCUUGCAAUCUCUGUGCAUCAAACUCGGAAGCGUCACUGGACUCAACUUGGCCGAAAACUGUCGCAAACAUUUGCCUCGGUGGCUCACCAUCAUAUUGUAUUUGUUCGCUGAAUCUGCCAUUAUUGCCACCGAUAUUGCCGAAGUUGUUGGUUCAGCUAUUGCAUUGAAUCUUCUUUUGCACAUUCCCUUGGUCGCCGGAUGUGCCAUCACGCUCGUGGAUGUUCUGCUUCUCUUACUCUUCUACCGGCCCGACGGUUCUAUGACUCGCCUGCGACUUUUCGAGUAUUUCGUCAUGAGUCUCGUUCUCGGCGUCAUGGUCUGCUUCUGCAUUCAACUAUCCUACAUCCAAAAUACUUCAGCGGGCGAGGUGUUCAAGGGCUAUCUCCCCUCCUCGGCCAUUGUCAAAGGCAACGGAAUUUAUCUGUCUUGCGGCAUCAUCGGCGCGACCGUCAUGCCUCAUUCCAUUUUUCUUGGUUCGGGGGUAGUCCAGCCACGGUUGAAGCAUUUCGAUCGACAGAAUGGCCACAUUAUGGUCGGGGAAGAGUCGGACGACGAGGAAGAAAAGUAUGUGCCCUCGAUCUACGCGAUUCAGGCUUGUCUCAAAUACUCCAUUGUGGAGCUUGCUUCUUCGCUCUUCACGUUUGCUCUCUUCGUCAACUCUGCCAUCCUCAUCGUAUCGGGCGCGUCUCUUUACCCUAAAACAGAAGCCACCGAGGCGGACCUUUUUGGAAUCCACGAUCUGCUGAGUAAGAACCUUUCAAAGGCAGCUGGCACCAUAUUCGCCCUGGCCCUUUUGCUUUCGGGCACCUCUGCCGGUAUCGUCUGCACCAUGGCCGGUCAAAUGGUGUCCGAAGGCAUGCUUCAUUGGACAUUGAAACCAUGGUUGCGCAGACUUAUCACGCGAUCCAUCAGCAUCGUCCCUAGCAUCAUCAUUGCGGCCGCGGUGGGCAGAGAUGGUCUAAAUCAGGCUCUCACCGCCAGCCAGGUCGUUCUCAGUGUCAUCCUGCCAUUUGUAACCGCUCCACUUGUUUGGUUUACUUGCCGAAGCCACAUCAUGACAGUUCGAGCCGAUCCUGGAAUCCCCGGUGGGGAAGCGGUUAACAUGCGGAACGGUUGGUUAGUGACGGUCCUCGCCGUGACGAUUUGGCUGGUAUUGGUGGUGAUGAACGUUGCCUUGCUGGUUCUCGUCGGUCUCGGUAAGGCCUAG